AUGGACCCACAUUCAGAUCAGACAAAGGAGAAUGAACGAGCUCGCUUUAAGACUCUCCACGCCCGGUGUGACAAGCAAGACGAGUUAUUCGAUAGCAUUAUCAAAGCUGCUGGAGUCACAAGAGUGCAACAGCAUAACAACCAACUGGCCAGUGUGUUACGCCUUUCGGAAAUCAACAGCAAUGAGCAAGUGGUUGUCGGCACAUCAUUUGAUAACUUUAUCGCUUCAGGGGAUGAGAAAAUCUUGGACAAGCUCCAGAAGCGGCUCAAAAUAACUGAUCAGACAACUAAGGAGAAACUGCUCCGGUGUGCCCACUUCGUACGGUUCCCCGAGGACGACGCUUCGAAAUACACGGCAGAUCAGAUGCUUGCAAAUCUCAAAGGUUCCAAAUCUCCCGCAAGGCCACUUGACGCGGCUCAGACAAUUGACUGGUCUACCGAUAUCGUUCAAGAAGGCUUCAAUGCUAAAUAUCAGAAUCACGAUCUCAUUAAUCCAUUGUGA